AUGCAAGAAUCAAAUGCCGUGUGGGACUCUAACCGCAAGUACCGUGAAGCCAAUUACAUCGCAUUGAGCAUCAGCGAGCAUCUCAGUGGCCUCGGGAUGAAAGACUACAGAACCGCAAUGUCAGCGUUGCGCAACAUCGCCACCCUAUUUACGAGUGGAAAAUACGAUGCUAUCGGUCAACACUCGGACACAAAUUCGAAAGAUUCAAGUUCUGGUGAGGAUUUGCGUGUGGCGAGCGGCGAGACCGAGUAUAACGAGUUACGCGUAGCGAGUGGUGAGACAACGUCUUGUGCAGUCGAGAUUGAGGGUUCGGAGCUGGCAAGCUUGAGGUCGGACGCUGUACAGGUUACCCAGGCGGCUGCAGAGGUGAACUAUAACAUUGCUGACUUGGGCUCUGAUACUGCUGACUUGGGCUCGGAUACUGCUGAGUUGGGCUCGGGAAGUACUCAGUUGGGAAGACAGAAUGCCCGGUUGGAUUCGGAUUGUACGGUGCUGACCAGACAGGACUGUGAAAAUGAACAGAACGACAUACCGAACAACAAAAUUAUUGAACUAAACGAGGCAGGGGCGAGAAGUGUGGAUUUAACGGGUGUCAACGCUGAGUUUGCGCUACAAAUCCCGCCAAAACCAAGGGGAAGGCCGAAACAAAAGCCCAAAGCCGCCAAAGCAAAGCGAAACCUGACGAUUGCGAUGGUGCAGGAAGAUAUGACGAUGCAUGUGUGCAAUAUGAACCUUGAGAAGGUUCGUGAACUACUGGACAACCAUCCGACCUUCCUCAGUUCAAGUGAGACCCUGUUGCAGUUCAACGUCUUUAAGUUUCUGACAAAGCCGAAGCCCCCUAUCGCGUACGAAAUUUCAAAGCUACCAGCGACUAAACCGCUGAUGCGAGAGGACGAGAUUGUAAGGGUGUUUCCUUUGGAUCUCAUUAGGAAGUGUGGUGCCAAAGUGACUGCAUACCAACGAAAGCGCAGAGGGGUCCGUGAACUUGAUGUAGCUUUCGAGAUUGUUGGAUUGGGAGUAUUCACGAAUACAACGAUCAAACUUAUGAAAAAAAUGGCACGCUGCCACUGUGGCAUGUAA